AACACUCCGACGCGUCGCGCACGCCCUCCGCCCCCAACACGCCGACGCCGACAUGACGCACGCUCCCGCCCCCAAGAAGCGCAGCAUGCCGUCUCCGGGGACCGAAGCUGCCGCCGCCCCCGCAGACGUCGCCCUGCCUCCCGAGCCCGUCCCGCCCCCAGACGGUGGUUGGGGAUGGGUUGUCGUCUUCGCUUCUUUCAUGAUACACAUCGUCACGGACGGCGUCACGUACUCGUUCGGCGUGCUCUACGUAGAGUUCCUCGACGCCUUCAAGGAGGGCAAGGGCGCCACCGCGCUUAUCGCUUCCAUCCUCGUCGGCGUUACCUUCUGUUCCGGUCCCAUCUCGAGCUCGUUCGUGAACAAGUACGGAUGCCGGCCGGUGACGAUCGCAGGCGCCAUCUUGGCGAGCGCCAGCCUCGCCGUCAGCGUGUUCGCGCGCAACGUGCUCACGCUCUACUUCACCAUCGGCAUCGGCACCGGGCUGGGCUUCGGGCUGAUCUACCUGCCGGCGAUCGUGAGCGUGACGUGCUACUUCGAGAAGUACCGGUCGCUGGCGACGGGCAUCGCGGUGUGCGGCUCGGGGCUGGGCACGUUCCUGUUCGCGCCGCUCACGGACGCCCUGCUGACGCACCUGGCGUGGCGCGGCGCGCUGCUCGCCAUCGCCGGCUUCGUCCUCUCCUGCGUCCUCUUCGGCGCGCUCUUCCGGCCCCUGCAGAGCUCCGAGCCGGCCGCUGAGGACGUGCCCAUACAGCAGAUUACCACCGGCAACCUGAGGUCGGCGGAAGAGCAGGCGGCCGACGCGGAGGAGAAGCGUCCCAUGAUGCAGCGCUCGGGCUCGGCGGAGGCGCUGGUGGGCGGCGCGGCGGCGGCGCGUGCGGGCCGCCUGGCACAGUCGCAACCCGCGCUGCAGCUGCUGGGCACCGGCGCCGCCACCCCCCACCACCCGCACCCCCACCACCAGUACCAGCAGCUGCACGGCGUGCGGCGCGCGCCCAGCGCCGGCGGCCUCAUGCAGCGCAAGGACAUCCUCUACAGCGGCAGCCUGCACAACAUCCCGCUGCACCACAGGUCUGCAAACCUACUGUCUGAACAGAAAAAAGUUUCGAGCAACAAUCAUCUACCUCCUGCAUAUGUGGCUGAACCAGCAGAAGAACAACAUGAAAAAUCAACUAUCUGUGGAUGUAUACCUUGUUCACCUGAGGCAAAAGAAACGUGGACAGAAAUGUUAGACUUUUCCCUCCUGAAGGAUGUUAUAUUCAUCCUCUUCGCAGCCUCAAACUUCCUUACCAGUAUUGGGUUCAACAUACCAUAUGUGUAUAUUGUGGUACAAGCUGAGAAACAAGGAAUAUCAAAAGAGUCAGCCAGUUACCUUCUGUCUGCUGUUGGUAUAGCUAAUACAGUAGGACGUGUUCUUUUAGGCUACAUUUCAGAUAAGCCAUGGGUCAAUCGGUUGUAUAUAUACAAUGGGUGCCUUGCAAUUUGUGGCAUAGCAACAGCUAUGAGUGUGCUCUGCCAUGAUUUCUAUUCAAUGGCAGUCUACUGCUGUGUAUUUGGUUUUACAAUUGGAGCCUAUGUUGGGCUAACCUCAGUUAUUCUUGUUGAUCUUCUUGGCCUUGAUAAGCUCACAAAUGCCUUUGGAAUCCUCUUGCUCUUUGAAGGUGUUGCUUCACUUUUGGGGCCUCCCAUUGCUGGUUGGCUGUAUGAUGAACUGGGUUCAUACGAUCCUGGUUUUUAUGUUUCUGGUGUUACGAUAGCACUAAGUGGCCUCAUGUUGUUUGUUAUACCAAGUUUGCAGAGGAGACAAAAUUUACGUUCUCAAGAGGCAGAAUGCUGACAAAGAAGUAAUUGUGUCUACAUGUGAGGAAGCACAACUCUUAAUAUUGUGUGUGUUACAAGAAAAGCAUUUAUGCAGCUGUAUGGAAAGUAAAGCAAAGUGAUAAGUAAGGAAACCAGAUCACUAGCUCUGUGCUAAGUGAAAAGUGACUUAGAGAUAAGUAUUGUAUGAUUCAAUAUUAUCAAGUGAUUUUUAUGUUUAUAUGUUUAUUUAAUGUGUCAGGUGGGCUGCUGGGUAAAGUGCAAUAUUUUAUGUUAAGUUCUUUGAAAAUACCAAGGAAUUUAACUUGGACCGAUCUUUUUGUAAAGACUUGCACAUUACUAAUUUCCUAAUGUUUGUAUAAUGCUGUAAAAAUGCCUGCAAAAGUCAUUAUAUGAUUAAGUGAACAUAUCAGGUCCUAAAAUUUGCAUAUUACUCAUAAAAAUUUCUGAGAGUAACUUGGACUGUGAUAUCAUAUUUUUAUUUAAGUAAUUGUAAAGACAAAAUAAAGGUGUUUUGUUUCUACUAUUCCCAUAACAGAAAUUCACUGUAAUAUAUGUUAGG